CUCCCGAUUGAGUGGUCGUAGUAGCCUUAAUGUGGGAGCCCCCUAGUAAUAUGAUGCUAAAGGAAAACAUUUUAUUUACUCUGCAUUUAUUACUUAAAACUCUUCAUUAGAAAAAGAUAUUUCGGUUCUCUUUUCUUUAAAUACAUUUUUAAGAUAAAAUAACUGUUUCUGGCAACAAGACAAAAACCCCGCCUCAGGAAAUCGCAGUUCAGUCUCUUUUUAUAUACCAGUAUAUACAGGCUGCUUUUACAAGUCACUCAGUAGUGAUAUAUGAAAUAUGGCUACAACAGACACCAACAUGACAGCAACCAAGGAGAUCAUUUUUAACUGGAGUGAUUACUCGCCCUGUAAUACUCUUAGUGAUAUGGCCUUCAGUCAAGUCUUCCUCCCUUCCCUGUACAGCAUCGUCUUCACCGUUGGUUUAAUAGGCAACGGCCUGGUGGUGGGUGUCUUGGUAAAGUUUUAUAAAGGGGCCACUAUGUCAGAUCUGUGUCUCUUCAACUUGGCCAUUUCAGACCUCCUCUUCCUGAUCUCAUUGCCUUUCUGGGCACACAACGCUGCCAAAAAUGAGUGGAAAUUUGGAAGCUUCAUGUGCCAAACACUGACAACGUUUUUUAUGCUGGGAUUCUAUGCAAGUAUCUUCUUCAUGAUCCUCAUAACUGUAGACCGUUAUGCUGUCAUUGUGCAUGCCCAUAAUUUUCUUUUCUCCAAGCAUCGAUCUGUCAGAACUGGCAUAGUCCUGGCUGUGUUUAUUUGGACACUUAGCUUAGUGGCUUCUUUGCCAACCAUCAUUUUCACACAAAUGAAACAUGAAUCAAAUGUAUUCAUAUGCAAAUUGGAGUAUGAAGAAAAAACAACAUGGAACCUUAUCUCUCACAUUGAGCUCAACCUCCUUGGAUUGAUUAUUCCCCUCUCAGUGAUGGUGUUCUGCUACUCGCGCAUCAUCCCAAUCAUAAUGACAAUAAAGUCCCAAAAGAAACACAAAGCUGUCAAGCUUCUCUUGGUCUUGGUCACUGUUUUCUUUCUUUUCUGGACACCCUACAACAUUGUUGUCUUCCUGAAGUUCCUGCAUCAGUUGGGCUACAUGCAAAGCUGUAAAUGGUUUCAGGACUUGAACAUGGCUAUGCAGUGGGUGGAAACCAUCGCCUUCAGUCACUGCUGCCUCAACCCCAUAAUCUAUGCCUUUAUGGGGCAGAAAUUUAGGAAUUUAUUUAUAAAGAUCCUGAAAGAGUGGUUUCCCUGUUGCUUUGGCCAAUGUUUAACAGCUGAGCGUGAGAUCUCAGAAAUGAGCAAUUUGCCCUCACACACCUCAGUAACUUCCUGUAUGAUGAAAAAUUCAAAGGUUUAAAUGUUAUCACAUGUUAUCUAUUUUAAGUAAAAUUGCAAAGUACUGUCAUAAGGUACAUUUUUUUUUUUUUUUAAGAGGGUGAUAUUCAUUAAUAAAUGCCAGGAGAAGGAUGUUGCCCUUUUUGUUUCUUGCCCUUUUACUCCUGGUUUUGCUAGCAGUGUAUAUUAUAUAAUUCUUAGCCAAUGGUUAACCCCAUUAUUUCUUUUCUUCAAACACGAUUCAUAUUGUACCACACAUUUUUUAUUACAUCACUGUACCACGAAUGUAUUUAAUGAUAUUAUCUUUACUAUAUAUUAUGUUAUGUUAUAUGCAAGUCACAUAACUAUUACAUUCACAUUAGUAUCUAUUUUCAUGCAGACCACAGGAAAAGCAAUGCUUGCGAUAUCAAUCAGGCUGCAUUCUCUCAAAACUCUUGACACAGUGACACAAAUCCUCUGGAGACAUUUGCUGUGAAUACUGAGUUGUUAAAAAAUUGCUGCAGUCUUACAUCAAAAAUAAAAUAUGCAGUACAGCCUCA